AUGACAACAUCAGCAACAGAAUCAAAAAGUUACCCAAUCGAUGAUUGUUUUGGUAAAAGCAUUGGAAGAGAAAAUCUGGAUAAACUAACUUCUUUAAAUCUUAAUGAAGAUAGUGGUGGAGAUGGUGAAAUGAUUACAUUCGUUGAAUUUAUUCGAGGUCAAAAGAAGAAGAAAAUUGAUGGAAUUCUUAGAAAUGGGGCUUUUGAAAAUUUGAGGCCAAUCGAUGAAGAUGACCCUUCAGACAAUUUUUUUGACGUUGCUUUGGAUACAGCACGUGUCCCUGAAGAUCCAGUUUCAACCUUUGCAGAAGGAAGGAGCAAAAGUUAUAUGGUUAAUUUAGCAGAAAAUGAAGAUUCAAAAGAAAGAAAUCAACCAAGGAACCAUUCUUUUUCUCAAACGGCCGCUUCUUUUGGACAUUCACUUUGUUUGACUGUUGGUGAACACACUCGAUGGUUGGGCGUUCCUCGAAGAGACAGUCAAGAAUCAGCAGCUUAUGGUUGUGAAACUUUGGGAGAGAAGGAAGUGAAAAAUGAGACUACUAAUACAACAAUGGUAUUUUUUAUUUUAUUUAUUAUCUUAGUCUAA